AUGGAAACCUCGUCUGGCACAUUCCGACGGUCGAAUCGCUUGGCAAUCCAACACUGCCGACAAGGGCGUGGUUGGUUCGAGCUGCUCAACAAUGGGAACAUGGUGCUCAAGGAUUCCAAAGGCGGAUUCGUCUGGCAGAGCUUCGAUUCACCCACCGCCACCUUCUUGGUCGGCCAGUCGCUCCGAAUCGGAUCCCCGUCGAAGCUAAUCAGCCGAGCAUCGCCUGAAGAGAACAAGAACGGGGAUUACAGUUUGGUUCUGGAACCCAGAGACCUAGCUAUGUAUUUCACUGGGGCAAAAAGUCGAACACCUUAUCGGUACUUUUCAUUCCUCGCAGCAAACCGCCUCUUCCUCCCAAACAACACCACUUUAAUCAACACCACCUUCAACGCGAACCUGGGUUUCGACACACAAGUCACCAACGACGGCGCCGGAGGCGGAGGGACGUUCCUGAAAAACCCACGGUUCAACACCACUCUGUCGUACCUUCGCCUCGAAAUCGACGGCAACCUCAGGGUCCACACGUUCAUAAUCAGCACCGAUUCCGACGGGUUCCAGACCCAGCUGGGGAAAUCGCGGUGA